UUCGUCUCUUUAUAAUUUAGACUCUUUAGUGACGAGCGCCGAUUGUUUUGACGGUUUUGACAGCUAGGUUUGUUGAUUACGUGCUUUCAAAAGAUUCCAGCAUUUCGAUCGAGAUUCUGAUGGAAGCACAAUGACCAUCCCAUCGUUAACGUCACGUCGAUUGAUCCUUCGGUUAUAUCGAGACCUACGUCGGUACGGUUCCCAGUUGCAGUUCACCGAUCAGGAAUAUUUCCUGCAACGAGUUCGGCGGGAAUUUGAUCAAAAUCGCACCCUGUGCGAUCCGAAGGAGAUUGAAUUUUGUUACAAGCGUGGCAGAGCAUUGCUGGACCAAGCCCGAGUAAUUUAGCACACAAAACGAUGUUCACUUUACUGAGAUCAGCUGUUCAAGUUCGAUCUUUCCGAAGCCCUUUGAUCCGAUGGAAAACCACGAUCGACACCUCCAAGGUACCAGCACUGAGAGACGACGAUCUAGAGGAGACAUUUGUCCGGGGCAGCGGUCCCGGUGGUCAAGCCGUGGCUAAAACCAACAAUAAAGUGGUUCUGACGCACAAACCGACCGGAAUCGUGAUCCAGUGCCACAGUUCGAGGUCGUUGUUCAAGAACCGUGAGGAGGCCCGCCGCCUGUUGGUUGCCAAGCUGGACGAACUGGAGAACGGGGAUCAAUCGGUGGAGGCCCAACAGAGGAGAAUCGAUCAGAAGAAACACUCGGAAGCUGCGCGUCGCCGGUCCAAACGGCAGGAGAUGAAGAAAGCUUGGAAGGAAAGGGAGUUCGGACAGCCAGAUUGAUAACGUUUUUAGAUAGUGUAUAGUGCAUAAAUAUAAAGCUUGUAAUCUACCAUGA